AUGAAAUUCCCGGGUUCCGUCCUCAUCUCCCUCGUCCUCUUCGUGGCCGAGACGGCGACCGCGCUGUGCCUGAGCGGCGCGUACCGGGCGGCGGGGGACCGCAUGUGGCAGUGGCUGACGCUGCUCUUCGCCCUGCUGCCCUGCGCGCUGGUGCAGCUCAGCCUGGUCUUCAUCCACCGCGACGUGAGCCGCGACCGGCCGCUGGUGCUGCUGCUGCACCUGCUGCAAUUGGGGCCGCUCGUCAGGUGCGUGGAAGUCUUUUACAUUUACUUCCAUGCCGGCAGAGUUGAAGAGCCCUAUGUCAGCAUCACAAAGAAGAGGCAGAUGCCCAAGGAUGGGUACUCAGAAGAAGUUGAGAAGGAAGUGGGCCAGGCUGAAGGCAAGCUGUGUACCCACAGGUCUGCAUUCAGCAGGGCCUCUGUGAUCCAGGCAUUCCUUGGCUCAGCACCACAGCUCACACUCCAGCUCUACAUCUGCGUCCUGCAGCAGGAGAUCACGGCUGCCAGAAGUAUUUUUAUGGUCCUUUCUCUUCUGUCAAUUGUAUAUGGCGCCUUACGCUGCAACAUCUUGGCUAUUAAGAUUAAAUACGAUGAUUAUGAUGUCAGUGUGAAACCAGCUGCCUACCUCUGCAUAUUCAUGUGGAGAAGCUUUGAGAUUGCUACACGUGUUACAGUGUUGGUCCUUUUCAGCUCAGUCCUUCAGAUCUGGACUCUCCCUGUUGUGCUAGUGAAUUUCUUUGGUUUUUUCUUUUAUCCAUGGAUUCUCUUCUGGCAAAGCAAGUCCCCAUUUCCUGAGAACAUAGAGAAGGCACUGAGCAGGGUUGGCACUACUAUUGUCUUGUGCCUUCUUACCUUCUUGUAUGCAGGCAUUAAUAUGUUCUGCUGGUCGGCAGUGCAGGUGAAGCUCAAUGAUCCUGACUUAAUUAACAAAUCCCAAAAUUGGUACCGAUUGACUGUGUAUUAUAUGCUGAGAUUCAUCGAGAAUGCAUUCCUCCUGCUGAUGUGGUACAUCUAUAAAACUGAUAUCUACUUAUAUGUCUGCGCCCCGUUGUUGGUCUUGCAGCUCCUGAUAGCUUACUGUAUGGCUAUCCUCUUCAUGUUGGUAUUCUACCAAUUCUGCCACCCAUGCAAAAAACUGUUCUCAUCUAGCAUUACCGAAGGUUUGCUGUCCUGUUUCAUGUUCUGCUUUAUUUGCAAGUCUCCCAAAUCCUCCACCCUGACAGACAAAGCGGAUUUGAAAUCAUCUGAAAAUGCUGAUGAAUCACAGAGCAGUAACAAGACAAUAGAUUCUCCGAAUGGGAAUCCUCAUCAAAGUGUUUCUUCCAAUGCCUAGUUCAACUGGAAGCAAGUCUGUGCCUUUGGAACGUGGCAGAUCAGCUGCUGGGAAUGUUGGGCCUCAUGGAUAUUGUGUCUUGUGGAUGGGAUUUCUUUCUUGCAGGUGUACACUGCAUGACAAGUGACAAGCCUACCUUUGUGGAAAACUGUGAGUUUGGGUACGUGUACCUGACUGUCUGUGUAUGGACAUA